GAAAAUUGAGAGCACAUCAGUGUCUUGGAAUGCCAGGGCGUUUUGAUGAUAAUUCGAUGGCGUGCUCGAUCGGUCGCGCGCCGCGAUUCUGUCUCGACUCCAUGGUCAACACUGGUGCGCUUUCCAAUCGCCGGUCUGGUCACAGGCAGCUCAGGAAGGUGGUGCGCAUCUUCUCGGCUUGGGAGCUGACCACAGGCGCGAGGGCAGCGUUCGGUUUCGCCAGCUCGCCCCAGCCCAGCCGAUGCUCCGUCUCGCUUGACAGAUGGGUAAGUGCACAGGGCCAUCAGACCGACGCGCCACCAGAGCUGGCCUAGAACGGUUGGGUGAUGCUAGAAUCGGCGCCAGGACGUCGGCGCGAUACCUCACAGCAGGUCACCAGUUCGUUGCCUACGCCGCCGCUGCCCACAUGCCCCUGCCUGCCGUUUGAGACGACAUGGACCUGACCCCUCAAGAGUACACUGAGUUUCUGCCGGCGCAAGGCGCCGCGAAGGGCAUGGCCAGCGACGUACUCAGUGGCAUCCAGCACCUUCUCAAGACGAAGAGGCAGAUGCCUGGAGCCUGGCGCCUGCCUCAGUUCAGUGUCUGGGGCCGCCUCGAGGUGCCCAGCCGCGCGCCGCCUAUGCCUCCGCUCGCGUGCACGGCGCUCCCAGGCCGGGGCUUGGCCGCAACAGAGCUGGCGUUCGCGUCAGUCGUGAUCGCCGCCUUUCAUUUGUGCUUGCGAACUGGCGAGGCCCUCAACCUUUGCGGGGACCUCAUCUCCUUGCGCCCAGACAGGCGCGGUGUCGUCAGCCCCCCCAUGGACGAAGACAUCGUGUCAAAAAGGGGCCUGUGAGAAUGUCGCACUCGAUGGCCCCAUACGUAGGGGCCCUUGCCCACUGGCAGCUCAGUCAAAGUGUCUCUGGUCAGCUGUGGCACUUCUCGACCCGUGCGUUUCAUUUGUUUGUCCGCAGAGCUUG